AGAAGGUGCCUCGGUUUACCACGGGAACAUAACGGCAGCACGGUGCAACGUGCUAAUUGUAACUUAACCUUAAAGUCUAACCUCAAAAUCGCGGGAGACCCACGUGUUUGUUUUGCACUGGCCCGGAGUGCCGCUCGCCAAUUAUUGAUCUUGCCCUUUGUUAUUAAUUAAACGAAAGAUUCGAACUGUCAGUGUCAACUGUUGACUGAGAACGUUUAUUUCACGGACGUGUUCAAAGAAUUAUAUGCAAAUAUGUAAGUGAUAAUCGCCGAUUGAACAUCAUUAAUUUAUUAACGUGUGCGAUAUAGACACCGGCGAUUAUUCUUUUGCCAUUUAUUUUUACACGUGAUAUAUUCUGGAUCCAAUCUAGAAAGAAGAUGAGCUUGUUUGUUAUGAACAGAUAUGAGGGCGAGGGCGAGAAGGUGGUUGAAAAUGAAACGAAUCACUUGUCCGAGCUGCUGAAGAAGAUAGAGGAGCGCAAGAGACAAAGGACCGUGGCGAGUAAUAAAUCCGCACUAGGCCAGGAUGGGAAUGACUUGGAGGAGCCUGGGGGGAAGAAAAAGAAAAAGCUGCUUAAGGCAGAGAAAGCUGACGAUUCGCAUAUCGUGGACAACAGUGCUGGCAGCGAGAAAAUCGAUGAGCGAAUCGCAGAAACAGCCGAGGUAUCAACGAAGAAGAAGAAGAAGAAGAAGAGGAAGAAGAAAGAUAUUGAGAGCGAACAGCAUUCCGCUGCACUAGACAAGAAUUUAGAGGAAAGGGAUGACACUUUUGCAGAGGAAGAUAAAGACACCGCGGAGAAGGACAUAUCACCGCAGGACAAUUUUGUAGUCUUGGGCGCGAGGUCUCGAAAGAAGCAGCGCGAGGCAAAGAGGGUGUUGCCAGAUUGGCUGGCGCAUCCCGAGGUGAUAUCUGCUGAUUUAAACAGCGGGCCGACCUUGGAAGAAUUGCAGUCGAUCUUGGACGCCAAACUGGUGGAGGUCUUGAGGGCCAACGGCAUUACCAAGUUGUUUCCAGUUCAAUCUAGCAUAAUCAAAUGGCUGCACAAGUGCAGGACGGACAGGAAACUGGGAUGGUGGCUGAGAGACACUUGUGUGUCCGCUCCGACAGGCAGUGGCAAGACCCUGGCUUAUGUAUUGCCAAUUGUGCAGGAAUUGCAAACGCGAUUGGUGCCGAAAAUUCGCUGCUUGAUCGUCCUACCGGUGCAAGAACUGGCCGCACAGGUUCACAAAGUAAUGGUCGCGUAUACGUCUCACACGAGCCUGAAGGCAGGCUUGCUUUCGGGCGCAUUUCCGUUCGAGCAAGAGCAAAACAGCAUAAUUAAGAGAACUGAAAGGGGGAUGUAUUUAUCCACGGUGGACAUUGUAAUCGCGACACCUGGUCGCUUGUUGGAUCACAUAUUGAAGACACCCGGAUUUUCCUUGGAUUCCCUGAGGUUUCUCGUUAUCGAUGAGGCCGAUCGUGCAACAGAAUGGCUACAGUACUUACCUGAGCCUCACUCUAGGGCUCCUAUCUUGACACUCGGAAACAUGCGCUCAAGCAAAGUUAUACCAGCUCAAAAGCUAUUAUUUAGUGCAACCUUGUCGCAAGAUCCGGAGAAGUUGAACCGGUUGGGCCUCUUCCAGCCGAGAUUGUUCACAACCGUAGUAACCGAUAAGGAUACCGAUGUAAAUUUAGAUAAAAUCGCGGGUGACUUUGUCGGGCGCUACACGAGUCCGGGAGAACUGACGGAACUCGCGGUGGAAUGUACCUCCCACUACAAACCAAUUGUCCUGCAUCAGCUGUUGACGAGGCACGAUAUCAUUCCUAAGACUCUUGUUUUCACGAAUUCCGGACAAACCGCGCAUAGACUGGCGCUUUUGAUGCAGUUACUCUUGUCAGAACGGAAUGUCGCAGUGGGAGAGCUAUCUGCCCAGCUCGCGUCAAAGCAACGCGAAAGUGUUUUGGCGAAAUUCGCAAACUCGGAGAUACGUGUAUUAAUAAGUUCGGACGCACUGGCUAGGGGCUUGGAUAUUCUGGAUGUGCAGCUAGUUGUAUCUUACGAUCUCCCGAAGCACAUUAAGGGCUAUAUACAUAGAGCUGGUAGGACUGGGCGGGCCGGAAAACCGGGCACCGCGGUGUCUAUACUCACAGGGAAUCAGGUCGGGAUAUUCAAACAAAUGUUAAGCGGCGCACAUAAAACCGUGCCCAACAUUGAACAAAUGGAGCUGCAUGCAAGUGCAAAGGCGGUCGAUUAUCAAGGUCACUUUGAGAAAUUAAAGGAGAUUCUCGAGAAGGAAAAGAACGAGAGCCUCCAACGAACGAAGGCCACUAAGCGUAGACGCGUGGCAAGUGUGACCAAGCAAGGUGGAAGUGUGGAAUAAUAUUUUAUAUGAGGAUAGAAAUAAAAGAAUACUUGUGUAUUACUUACGUGGUAUACCAAGUUAUCAAUUACCUUCGAAAAAUCCCUGAACAAUAGAAUUAACAUUCAUUUAACGGUUGACGCGUCGAGCCCUCAAUGCUGUAAAAGGUCCUGUAGAAGAAACGUAUCGAAUACAGAUAGUAGGGUAACAUCGAUAAUAACAUUUUAUUGUCUGAAGUUAAUAGUAUCGUACAUCAUGCUCAUUCCCUAUGAUUCGUUCUAUGGGUAGUCGCGAUUUAUCUUGUUUCAAAUUGUUACUAAUUGUUACUCCCAUUGUUCUUUGUUCCGUCGAAGGCAAUGUAUUCACAGUUUCAAUUUACAAAAGGUAAACGACGUCGCAUUUACGACUAACGACUGCGGAUACAAGUUAUUUACUAUUAUUGCUGUGCAUGGCUGCAUUGCUCAGAACCGAUCGUACGGAAUUUCUCUUUAAUACCCAAUGUUACUGGGAUGCGUCAUUGCAAUUUUCUUUCGCACAUUGUUGAAAAAUGUCAUGGCAGCUCUGUUGUUUGCUGAAAUAGCCACAGCGCAUAAUCGUAACAGCGAUUGCAAGUUGGGAUUAAAUUGGGAUACAAACGUGUACUUUGAAUUAAAUUUAAAAAAGAAAACCCGACAAACGGGUAUCGAAUAUUCUUCUUUUUUAAAGAAGUUAUUUCUACUUGUACGGCAAUGGUGUCUGUAAAGUGUUCAAAAGUGAACGAUAUAAAAAAAAACAAUCGUUUUGACACGCGUCUCUAAUUAAUCGGUUUCGGUUUUAGUCGCAAGCAACUUUUCUCAACGAUACAUUUAUACAUGCGUUUGACGUUUACAUUUUGCGAUAUCUUUUGCCAUAUCAAUGUACAACGUGUGAAUUUUGAUUUUCGCAUAAACCAUAUUGUGCGUUUUCUCUUCGGCAUCGCAUUAUUUUCACAUGACAUUCAAUUACGCGACUCCGGCCAAAGUUCAGGCACCCCAAACUUGUAAUUCAAACUUCGGCUGUGUUCAAAGCCCGUCGGGAUUGUUACUGUAAUUUCGUAUUGCGCGACCGCAGUCGCCGAGUUGAAUUAAAUCGCACGGACGCUGAAAUACGGACACUGACCACUCGGAUACUGUCGAUCUCCCAAAAAAAACGAGCUCUCUUUGUCCCUUUCUAAUCGAUACUCAUAGAUUUCCAUCUAAUUGACGUAUUACAGACAGUCGCGUGUUGCACUUUGUUCGCUAAAAAUCUGAGGCGGAUUGCCCUAACAGGUCGAUCUUCGGUUUUCCUAAGGAUUUUAAGCGAAAGUAUUCGAUUUUUUCACAAAACACAGAAGAUUUAACGAUUCAAUAUGGGGAUACCUGGCGUCUUUGUCUCAAAUUUUGCAUAUUCGUAGCCUUAGGCCUUCGCGACUCCCCCAAUUCACCCGUAGAUUCGUUAAUAAUUAGCAGCCAGACUGCUGUGGUGGAUAUGAGAUCGGCAACCUCUUGUCACGUAUCGACUAUAUUCAGUUUCGUGUAUAAUUUUUAUGUCGAAUAUGGGAAUAAAGAAACGAAAAGCUCAUAAAUAUACAAGAUAUUAUAGAUAUAGACUAUAUUAAACGCCGAGAAAAUUCACACAAUAAACUCACAGUUUAAAAAACACUAAACUAAACGAAAUUUGAUUAAUCGUGAAUUAUAAGGUACUUUACAAAGUGCAUCUUCAAAGUUGCAAACGUAAAAAGAAUUUUCUAAUUUCCAGCAUCUCGGCGAGAGGCUGAAACUUUGAAUUAUCUGAUAAAAAUUCUGAUGGGAAGCUUUCAAAUUUAGGAUCAAUGUAAUGAAUUAAUGUAAUGAAGCUCCUGAGAGACUGAGCACCUCGGUAAUUUAUAUAAACAAGUUUGUAUUCAAGCGACGAGACUCUUUCUGAUUGCCGAUCUCCUUCCCGCGAAGCUGUUCUCCCAAAAGUUUUAGCAGCUCGAUGAAAGCAUCCGCUCGGACUUUCGUUGUCUGAACUUCGAACGCGAACGAGCAAGAUUCACACUUACUUACGUCUAAUGUAUGUAUAUGUAACUGUACGUGGAUACACGUAUCGUGCGAGCACGACUUAUUUUUCAUGUUCAUUAUGUUACACCCGCCUUACGAACCCGCCUUCUAUAUAUAUAUAUUUAUCGUAUCAUUACAAAAUCUAGCCUCGUUCGAGAGUACACCGAAUCGAACGAAUCCUAAACGCUUACCUCGAAAUUCCGAACGUUCACACACAGCUUCUGUGUUAUUUACACAUAUGUCAAUAUAUGUAAUAUACGAGCGUAUGUACAUACAUUAAACGUGGUCCUAUAUGAUUCAUAUGUCUCUCGUUGCCGUGUAUAUGUAUUUUUUUUUAAAUUUUAAUACUUAACGCGAAUGAAUUUUUGCCACGUUCCUGCGGCGGCGUAUCUUACAGUAGAGGGAUAUUCAACGGGUUUUGUCUAACGGGACUCCGUAUUAUGAAAAAAUGUACAUUAUGUAUACAUUGCAUAUACAGAGUGUAUAAAAAAUUCGCGUUCUUCUCUUUACACUUAUUACCGUAUAUAUAAAAAAAAAUGGUUCGCUCCUUCCUUUAAAAUGAUUCAAUCGAUGAGAAUUUAAGGACGAAAAUCGAUAGUGUGGAGUUUCACGUCCUUCAAUUGACGUUGCAUUUAGUUCAAUCAAACUUCCACCAUUUCGCGCGACAGUUAGAGAGAAGACGGUUGCACGAUAUAUUUUCUAUAUACCCUGCAUAUUUUGUAUGGAGUGCACCAAGCAAGUCUGCGAUGUGCUUAAAAACUCGCCGGAUUUCUGCAAAGUGCCCGCCACUUUAUCGCCAAGUGUAUAUAUUUAGAUACAAUAAUAUAUUAUUUACACAGUACACACAGGAUCGACCCUUUCAACUAUACAAUAAAGACGUUAACGCAAA